AUGGGCUACGAAGACGACUCUAACGGCCAUGGCUCUGGAAAGUCUAUGGAGAGUGAGAAGGCUUACGCUCCGCCAGCAUUCGAGGGCACCAUGCUGGGGGAAAUGACUGAUGCAGAGCGGGACGUCUACGAUCACGGUAUCAAGAAGUUCAGUCGCCUGGGCUGGAAGCGACUCACCGUGGUGCUCAUCGUCGAGGCCAUUGCCCUGGGUAGUCUGUCCAUUCCUUCUACCUUCGCGAAGCUGGGUAUGGUCGCGGGUGUGAUUUGCUGCGUGGGUGUCGGCCUGAUUGCCAUCUACACCAGUUAUAUCGUCGGACAGGUCAAGUUGCUUUUCCCAGAGGUCGCCAACUACGCUGACGCGGGCCGCCUGAUGGGUGGCCGAUUUGGCGUUCGGUGGGGUCGGUUUGGCUAUGAGAUCAUCAAUUUCAUGCUGGCUCUCCAGCUGAUCUUCCUCACGGGCUCCCACUGCUUGACGGGUACCAUUGCCUGGCAAAACAUCACGAAAUCCACCAUCUGCUCAGUCAUCUUCGCCGUGGUGUCUGCCAUCAUUCUCCUCCUCUUGGCCAUUCCCCCCAGUUUCACCGAAAUGGCCAUUCUCGGUUACGUUGACUUUGCCUCCAUCAUUAUUGCGAUCGGCAUUACCAUCAUUGGUACCGGAAUCCAAGCUACAAACUCCACAGGUGGAUUGGCCGCUGUGAACUGGUCUGCUUGGCCGAAAGAGGAUCUGAAAUUUGCCGAGGCCUUCAUCGCCAUUUCGAAUAUCGUCUUCGCGUACAGCUUCGCCAUGUGCCAGUUCUCCUUUAUGGAUGAGAUGCACACCCCGCGUGAUUUCAAGAAGUCCAUCUGGGCCCUCGGUAUCACCGAGAUUGUCGUCUACACUUUGACCGGUGCUCUGGUCUAUGCCUUCGUUGGACAGGACGUCUCUUCUCCUGCCUUGACCUCUGCUGGAAAUCUGCUUGGCCGUAUCGCCUAUGGAGUCGCCCUGCCCGUGAUUUUCAUCAGUGGAUCGAUCAACACCGUCGUCUGCGGUCGUUUGAUCCACGGUCGCAUUUUCGCCAACUCCCCCAUUCGGUUUAUCAACACCAAGAUGGGUUGGAUCACCUGGUUGACCACCAUCACCGCCGCCACCGUUAUCGCCUUCAUCAUCGCAGAGGUCAUUCCUUUCUUCGAUGAUCUGCUGUCGAUUUCAUCCGCGCUGUUCAUCUCCGGCUUCACCUUCUACUUCCCUGCAAUGAUGUGGUUUUUGCUCAUCAAGAAGGGUAGCUGGCUUGACCGUGAAAACUUACUGUUGGCCAUCGUCAAUGGUGGAAUCUUCCUGAUUGGUAUUCUGAUCUUGGGUGCUGGAACCUACUCGAGUAUCUAUGAUAUUAUUAAAAACUACGACGACGGUAGCGUUCGGGGUGUCUUCACCUGUGGAUCUCCGUCCACAUAA